AUGGAUGUUGAUUAUGACAAGGAUAAUUAUAGUCAUGGUGUUUCAUCAACUUAUCGUGAUAAAGCAACUUUGGUUAUAUUUAACCUUAUGUUAGAAAAUGUUGAACUAACACAAGUAGAAGCAAUUGCUAUGGCUAGUCGAUACUUAGCUCGUGGCCAUUCUACGUUGGAUACAAUUGUGGCUUAUUGGUAUAGACAUAAAGAGGUAUAUGUUGAAUCAGGUACCAGAGGUGGAUCAUCAGGUCUACAAUCAAUAAGUUUUUUCACAUCUUUACCUUACUUCAUCAUGACAACCAUUGUGAAUCGGCAUGCUGAAGGUAAAACUACGAUUAUCAAAGAUAUUCAACAAAUAAUUGGUGAUACAUAUGGUCAACAGAUGGGCUAUUGGCCAAUAUACUAUCUUAUACAUGAUAAAAUGAAGCUAUCAUAUGGUUUAUUAAAAGAUUGUACAAAAUUAUCACAGGAUCCUGAUCGUCUCAAACGUAUUGGUCAAUUUCUUAUUAAAUAUGCUUUUGCCUUAAGUUUGGAAAGGAAAAAUGAGGCACUGGUUUGUUAUAUGGAUGAAUCCUAUGUGACUACCGGUCACCAUCGGCAUUAUGGGUGGUACGCAGGUGCUGAAGACAGAAGCAUUCGUACUGGUACUGGUGUUGGUAAAAGACUUAUUUUAGUACAUGCUAUAACCACUGAUGGUCUUCUUCUUCAAAAAAAAAAAAUUCAUCAGGCGACAGAAUCAUCUCAGCUGAAUUAA